CAGAAGCAGACCCCGAUGCGUCAGACCGAUCAAUGUGUUUAGAUAGGGAGGAAAUAGCGUGCAUUUGCAUUUUCUCUGCAGAUGUUGCCGUAGUGUAACCAGCUCUCUACACCCAUGAUCACAGGAAUCUAAGCCUCAUCUAAGUCCUCAUCCAGUGGUGUACAAACACAUCGCUACCGCAUCCUCUAAAGUGAUACAUUCCUGAGGUUCGCUCCAGUGGACUCUGAACGGUCAAGCUGGUCCAUUUGUGACGUCCCAGCACUGGGAAAUUUCACAUGUCCCUGGCUGCCUGCCCCAACGAAGUGCUCACACUACUUCCGUUGCUGAACGAUCCAAACUCUCAGUUGCCUAGUAUUCAGUUGAUUGAUCUGCGAGAGUCCUCAUCUACCACGAGUUCUUCGAACGUCAACACUCUCCUUGCAGCCUGUGAUCGCGAUUCCCAUCCAGGCCACUAUACGGUACCAGCCCAACAGCAAGCACCAAGGUUGAAAUCUGGCCCAUCUCAGUCAUCGUUCUUGCCUUCAUCUAUACAUCCAACCAUGAAUUACUCAUCUGCACCGCCAACCUUUACCAGUGGAUUGUAUGGAACACGGGAGCAUCCGAAUGAUCUGAAAAAUGGUUAUUUAACUGAAAGCAGGUCUAUUUCCGAGUACAUGCGGGGAGAAUACAACCCAAUUGUGGAGUCGCUGAAUUUCGUCUCAAAUACAGUUUCGUACGAUGCAGUACCAAGUGAGGGGUUUAGCAGUUGGAAUCCGGAUGCUGUGGACCCGGACAGUGAAUUAAAACCGCGAGUAGACUUUCGGGCCUUAACUUUGGGUGGUUCCGAUAUGUGUUCUCGGCAUCCGUGUGUGACCAACGAUUGCCGAAGCCUUACCAACCCGGUAUCUGAACAGUUGUAUGGAGCUACUGGUAGGCAACUCAGUUCACUCGGACGCAACCAGGAUGUGGGACAGUUUGAUUUGCUCUCCCAUCGUGAUCACCCCCCUCCUCUUUUUGAGGUCAACGGCUAUAACAAUGUGUCCAGGAGAGCCUACGAAUCAAAACUGCUAUUUAAUGGUGUCUCACCCACUGCACUGACGACCAACUUAAACGGGAGUAGUUUUGGUUUAAUGAGGACUAAUUCUGACCCGAAUUCGAAUCCUCCUCUUCUCCACACUCGUUCUGUGGCGCCACCAACUUCUGUCAACUCUACGAAGGCUUUGGCUGUCUCUGCUGGUGAUGUUUCAGUGGCUAAUUCAAUUAUGAUGACGCCGGACUCCUCGACUGCUGGUUUCCUGACAAACAAAUUUGCCACCUCAUCUGAUGAUGGCGAGGUGUCACCGACACCAACCAACACAAGCAGUUGUUCUCGAACGGCAAACAGGACACGCAAAGCAGCACCAACUUUGGCUACUGGACGGCGUAACCUAAAAAAUGAACCAGUGGAUCCAGAUGAGGCGGAUCGGCGGAUGAAACGCAGGGAACGCAACCGCAAAUCUGCCCAGAAAUGUAGAGAGCGAAAAGUCCAACGGACUCAGGAAUUGCAAGCCCAAGUUGAAUGUUUGCAAAUUGAAAUUAAUCGGCUCACACAAGAACGUGACAGCCUUCGUAGUGAGGCCCGUCAGUUUGUCAACCUCCUGCAAAUCCAUUGUCCUGGUGUCGCAAUUCCUCACAUGUCUUGUCUAACUGAACAUUCUGAUCAUGUGGAAUCUAGAAGAGACGCGUUCGGUUCGCUCAUGCAGACAACAGCUCUUCCGAAAUGUGACACUUCUCGGGAUAAUAUCCCUAACGGUUGGAGGAUGAGGCCCGGAAUGAAGCAAUCGGCUGGUCCUGAUCCACACAGUUCAUCUGGUCAGAAUGGAUCAUUUUCUACCUUACCUUCGUCAAUGACUUUUUCAACACAUGGCACCCCAAUGCCACAGAAAUCCUUGUUUCCGUUUAGUUCUUCCGAUACAACGAACGGCUUAGCUCGAGAAUCAGAUGUGAUUUUGAGCACGAGUUCGGCUGCUUCCGGGGUCCUGUCCAAUCUAAACUCACAUUCAUUAGGUAGACCUAGUUCUGAAGUCAUGCAAAACAUCAUGUCCGGUCAGGACCCGGCAUCCAGUUCUUCAUCUUCAUCCUCUAGUUCUGGUUAUGAGUUGACAUUCCCGAACAUCGGAACACCAGUAGCACCCAGCUCUCUGAUACCUGAUCACUUGGAGGAGGUAACUGAUACAGUUGCAAGCACGCAUUCUACUGCCUCCUUGACAGAUCGAAGUUCGUUGACAUUGAGCAGUCCGACGUGUCAACAACCCGUACAAACAUCGGUGACAAAUCAACCCGGACUGUCUGGGAACGAUAAUCCAAGAGUCAAAUGUGAGGCAUGGGAAACAUCGGCGCCGUCAGGACAGCAACAAUAUAUUGGCAGCGAACCACUGACUGGUGGACGACCCGCUCCCCUUUCUCCGCUCAGCCCCUCAGCGCAACGCGCUGUCUACCCAGCUUCGACUGAAUCUACCACCUCAAAUCGAUGUGACCUGCGGCAAGUUGAACCACCGACAAAAUUAUCACGCCCACUGGACGGUGCUUGCUUUUCAUAGAACUGUAAAUCUUCAAGUGAUUGAGAAUGGCUGUGAACGGGUUGCUGCAUCGCAGUACGUCGAACGAGUCACAGAUAGAUUGCCAGCAUUGCACACAGAGCCAGGGUUUGUUGAACUCCCCACCCUUCCUUUAAUGUAACCGUUAAUCUAUCAUGCAGCUUGUGUUCCACUUGGUCCGGGAUUUCCUCAUCUUUCGAUCCAUCUUGCUCCUCUGAUCCUCCUCAUCCUCCAUUUGCGGUUUAAUACAUCCGCGAUUCAAAGCGCCUCUUCUGCUCUGCAUGCUCCAACACCCAUAUGCAAUAAGCAUUUAGUUCAUUUCCUAGAGGAUAUAUUGUCGGUGAGCCGCCGGUCAUCUGCUUCAGCUCCCAUGCCUUACUACGCAUAACUUCCAUGUCAAUGGCAGCAGUUGCCAUGACGUUCCGGUGCAACGGAUUUUUUUCUACGGGUUUUGUUCUGUUUGCUGGUCAAAAUUUCUACUUCCCUUUUAUACUACUGUUUUCCAGUCUUACCACCGAUUCCCAUCACCAACAUCAUCAUCAUUAUCAUCAUCAUUAUCACCACCACCACCACCACCGUAACCCUGGUAAGUUGCAACCGUAUUGCGCAAAUCGAAUUCCGCACUACAUGUAUUUUAUCGUCUUCUACUACUUUCCACACUCCCAGUUCGGUUUUGCCGAUCGACACAAUGCUACCCCCGUCCGGUCUUGUGCAUCGCUGUUUCCUCAACAUGUGACUGACCGUUUUUCGAUGCUAAACACACUUUCAAUCACAUCUCCCUUCCCUUGUUUUCACUCAAAAAAACACUCGGUGAAUUUUUCUAGCCCUCUCCCCCCUCUCUCCUCCCGUACCAACCGUGCAAUUAUCAAUCUACUUAGUCGCAGUAAUCUCAAUAAUCUUGUCCCACCUAACCGAUAUUUUCGUGUUUUUUUCUAAUACUUUGUUUGAUAUGGUACAUUUUAUGCUUCUUCUCAUAUGAUCCAAUCGCUGCUGUUGUGCUCAUUCUACUGAUGAUGCUUAGUAGUCCCUGUGAGCAUGUUUGAGCUAUGUGGUUCCCUGCAUCCUCUCAGGCAACACAUUUUUGCUACAACUAAGGACGAUCUUUGUCGUUGUUCUUGUUGUUGUUCUUUUAUACGACUCGGGUGCUCCAACACAUUUUUGCUACAACUAAGGACGAUCUUUGUCGUUGUUCUUGUUGUUGUUCUUUUAUACGACUUCGGGUGCUCCAGCUUCACUGUUCCGGACGUCGUACUCAAACACCCGGUUUUCUCUUGAACCGAGGGCUUCCAUUUCCACCGAUUGCUUGUAUGCAAUCCCAGGUUCGGAGGCCCCAUUUCCGUUCUUUCCCGGUUCGGCACCAACAGUUCCACCGAAGCAGGGUUCCCUCCGCUUUUGGAUCACUGGUGAUUUUGACUUGUGUUUGACGGGUCUUUCUGUGCUUUUUUCAAUAUCUUUGUUUUGGAGGUGCUUCUUUGUGUUGCGUGUUAUCGUUCCAUCCCCUAACAACCGUCCUAUCCAUCGGUUUGUUUGACGCUACUGUAGUGAUUCGCGAUAGGUUUUCGAUAACUCACUGCGCGGUCUUUGUUACCUAACUUUUGGCUAUCAGCCGAUUAAUAUGAUGCUCCUUGGAAGUGCUACUUUG